AUGCAGGAGGAGAUGAUAUUAUCUACACUUGCUGAUCCUUCCCACGAAUCCUAUUUUGAAAUCUACCAUUUCCGCACCCCCGCGAUCUUGAGCCCAGACCAGCUGAAUCGAGCAAUUCACACAGUAGCAAGGAAGCAUGCGGUGCUCAGGUCUGUCUUUGUUCAUGGAAGCCAAUCGUCAACAAAUCUGCAAAUUGCGGUGCUGGAUGAGGCAUAUGCCCUCCAACGAGCGAGGCUACUAACCCUGGAGCCGAUAAAUGAGGGGAAUCAUUUCUGUAUUCUUCAACUUGAAGCUAUAGGAACAGAUGGGUGGGAUGGAGCUAUGCCGUGGAAGCUCACGCUGACAGACAGUCAGCGAGAAGGAGAGUCUUAUAUCACCUUCAGGUAUCAUCAUGCACUACUUGAUGGUUGGUCAGCGAGGGCUCUUCUACAGCUGCUUCAGGAGGAGAUGCAGAUCCCAGGAGCUGCUUUAAAGGGGUCUGACUUUUUCUCUUUAGCACGACAGCCGCUGGAGCACGAUUGGCAACAUGAUGAGACAUUACUCCGCGAGCGACUGGGUCAGAUUGAGACAUCACCUAUACUCAGCCCUGGGCCAGUUUGGAGCGGUGACCUACGGGUGGGGGAGGUGACCCGUGAAGUCUCUAUGACCUCAGAUAUAAUUCUACCGGAUCGACCAGCUUUUCCUACACGGCUGGUUCGUCUUGCUCUUGCCAUGACGAUGUGUGUUUUUAGGAAUAGUGAUGACGCCUUGUUUCUGGAAAUCACUUCCGCUCGAAGCCGACUCUCCCCUUCGGACCAGGGAGUAAUGGGACCGGUAUUGGCCCCCCAGGUGCGAAAUACUCACUUGAAGGAAGACACGAAGCUUGGAGAAUGUGCGCAGCUCUUGCGGUCAUCCCACGACCCACAACAUAAGUUCAGUGUUAGUCAGCUGAAGUCCUUUCUACCCGAGAGCAGCAGGGACCUUGACGUCUGUCUAGUCUGCCAAACGAAUCAAUCAUAUCCUUCGAAUGGUGUCGGUAACUGGGAGUGGACUGGGGGGAAAGCGCGGAACGACCUCCCCUUUAUUGUAGAGAUUUUACCCCCAAGGGAAGGAGGAUUCCUUGUCAAGAUACGAUACCACCAGCACCGAUUCGAAAAGCAAUUUGCCUCCUCCUUUCUUGAGUUCCUUUGCCAAACCUUAACAUGGAUGCAAGCCUCCGGUGAUGGCAUUGACCACCAGACAUUUGCCGCGGCUGUAUCGGAAAUAUGUCGUGAGGGGGAUUACAGACGACAUUACCUGGCGUUGAGUCCCGGAACCUUCAUGGAUGACCCUGUUAGAGCGCACGACCUGAUUGAACAAGCCGCCAGCAAGUGGCCCAACAAGAUCGCCUUGGAAGCGGAGCAUAGUCAGUUUAUUACAUACGCUGAACUUUCUAACGCGAGUAGUAGAGUAGCCAAAGGCCUGCGGAACUGCUUUCCCCUUAACUCGGCAAACCAACCACUUGUCCCCAUCUGUUUUGACAAAAGUGUAGACAUGGUGGUUGCUAUUCUGGCAGUCCUCAAGGCGGGCGGUGCGUAUGUACCAUUAGACCCUUCCCAGCCCAGGGAGCGGCUUGCAAGUAUACUAAGCGCCUGCCAUGCCACUGUGGUCAUUGCAGGCCAGACGGAUCUCCAGGAUAUUCUGCAUUUAACAUGCAGUGAGCUGGGAAUCCUGGUAACGUCUGUUGAGAGCCUUUCCGAGCAGGAUAAUGCCACCUUUGAAUUACCUGGGACGGAGCAUCUGUCUCCAUCGUCUCUGGCAUAUGUACUGUUCACAUCCGGGUCUACGGGUACCCCAAAAGGAGUCAUGGUGGAACACGGAAACCUAGUUGCAUUCAUGAAAGCUGGAGAGGGAAAUGCAGAUGGGACAUGGACAUCGACUCGACUGCAGCUGGCCGCGUACAGUUUUGACGCAUCCAUUGGAGAUAUCUUCGCCAAUCUAUACCGCGGCGGCCGUCUAGCCCUGGUCCAGCGCAACAGAAUGCUUUCAAAUUUGAAUCACUGGCUGGAGGAGCUGUUAGUUACUCAUCUUGCAUUGACUCCAACAAUUGGUGAUCUUAUCAUUUCACAUGUACCUGCCCGCUUGCAGACGCUUAUGUUUGGUGGUGAGCCUUUCCACAAGAGCUUUCUGGACCAGGCCCCAGCCGAAGCAAGAAUCUGGAAUACCUGUGGUCCUACUGAAACUGUUGUGGAUGUUGCCUGCUGCGUACUGCAGAAGGGGGAGACAAAUGCGCCCAUUGGUCGACCCUUCGGCCGGUGCCAAAUCUAUAUAUUACAGUACGGAAGUAGCGAUACAGCGGUUCCUCCGAAUGCGAUCGGAGAAAUAUGUGUCGCUGGCCCUCAGGUUUCACGCGGCUAUCUAGGGCAGCCUGAUCUGACUAACCAUGUGUUUGUCACGGACCCAUUUCGUCCAUCGCAAAGGAUGUAUCGCACUGGUGAUUUAGGACGCCUCAAUCACAGAGGUAUGUUGGAACAUCUCGGCCGAGCCGAUGGCCAGGUCAAGCUGCGCGGACUGCGAGUGGAAACCGGUGAAGUCGAGGUGACAAUCCGGCAGUCCUCUUCUAUCAUCGCACAGAUAUCUGUUAGUGUCGACCACCUGGAAGGUUACGAUCGCGAGGCUCUCAUUGCCUGGCUCGUUCCACAAGACAGCAGAAGUGUGCAAGACAUCGAACUUGCAUACAAGGAAGAGAUACUACCUUCUUGCCAACGGCGGUUGGUACCAUACAUGAUUCCAGAAGUGUGGAUCAUACUUCCAUAUCUUCCCCUUACAAUUAGCGGCAAGCUGAACAGGGGCACUCUAUCUGCGUGGAUGAAAAGUAUUGCAACCGGCGGUACCCUUGAAGGUUUCCAUGUACUAGAGGCGCCAUGGAAAACACAAGAAAUAGUAAAGCGGCUUCCUAUAAGCCCGGCGGAAAGACUCAUAGUAGCAACCUGCGCGAACAUGCUAGGCUUGACACUCCAUAAUAUAUCCGUUGACUCCACGUUUAUAUCUCUUGGUGGUAAUUCUCUCUUGGCAAUGCGUCUUUUGGCCACAUUGCGACAAGAGGGGAUGAUUUGUUCUUUACGGGACCUGCUUAGCCCUAUGACUCUUGGUGAUGUAGCAAAGGCUAUGUGUCCACCCAGUAGCCAGGAAAGACAGAUCACAAACGUGAAUUACCAUGAGGAUAGAUGGGAACAAAUUGUUGCUGAUUCCAGCAUUGCCGUUGAUAUGGUUCAGACAAUUUAUCCAUGCACUCCACAGCAAGAAGGUCUUAUCCAGAAUAACCUUAUUGGAGAUACGUCCGCUUACUUUGCCACUAUUAGCAUCCAUCUAGGUAAUACGACAGACCUAAACACAUUCUACGCGGCCUGGAGAAAAUUGGUAUUUGGUUGUGACAUCUUGAGGACUGCCUUUGUAUUAUCCUCGGAAGUACAACAUCCGCUAGCCAGUGCGUCCAACAUUCUUCAGGUUGUUCUGAAUCAGUCUACCGAGGACGUGAGACGAGUGGCCAGCCUGGAUAACCGGGAUAUUACAUUCCAAGUCGGAAUAAUCCCUCUGUCAGCGGGAAUCAGCCAGGGGCCUGCCAAUGAACCUUUGAAGUUAAAUCUCAAGAUCCAUCAUGCCUUAUAUGAUGAAGCAUUCGUCUCCAGAAUUGCAGCGGAUCUUUCUAUCAUCUACGAAGCACUGGAAAUGGGAAAUCCACAGGUUGCUCUGCCGCCCAGUCGGCCGUUUUCCGCUUUUGUGGAGUCAGUCUACAAUGAUGACCUAGAGGGGUCGAAGGGAUUCUGGAAGGACUACAUGCAUGAGAUGGCCCCUCCUACUUGGCCAGUCCCAAAUGGAGUUCGAAGAAUGCGAGAAGAAAACGACCAACCCGUAGAGACGAGCAUGUCCAAAACAUGGACGGGGAACGCCAUGGCUCUGGGCCAGAGUCUUCAAGCAACCCCUGCCUCGAUUGUACGAGCUGCAUUGGCUCUAGUACUGGCACUCUACUCUCAGAUGGAUGACGUGGUGUUUGGCGAAGUGUCCAGGGGCCGAUUUGAUCAUGAUAGUUUUACCCUCGGGCCUUGUAUCGCCACGCAUCCUGUCCGCAUCCCAAUUGACCGCCAAUGCUCGUCGUGGAUGCUCAAGCUUGUCGCCCAGGCUCUGGAAUCAUAUUUAGCUACCACACCAUAUCAACAUUUUGGGCUAGGCAAUAUCCACCGGCAGAUUUCAGAUUCAGAAUUGAUGGCCUUCCAAGUUCUGUUUGUCCACCAGGAGGCAUUUUUGGAGGACACCAUUGCUAGUCGUUUCCAUGUGGAGUCGGUUAGGUUGCAAAAUGUCGGAUUUCCCCUUGUACUGGAGUCAAGAUGCGAUCAAGAGACGGGUGAGCUUGCUCUAGAAUGCACGUUUGACCGGCGAUACCUUAGCGAAGAUGACGUCAAAUGGUUUCUAGGGUCCAUAUGUCGCACGCUAGACAUGUUCUCAGCCACAGGAGAUGGACUCUCAGAUCCAGCAAGUCUGACAGAUAUCAUGGACGACGAUAUGAGACAAACUCUAAAGGAAUGGUCCACAAAACAGACUCCGUUCCGCUCUACGCCUACAAGAGACAAUGUCUGUGCCCAUGAGCUUUUUGAAAUGCAGGCGAAUAUCACUCCGCACAAGAUCGCCCUUCAAGUGGAUCAGUCCGAGUUCAUCACAUACAAUGAGUUGAAUACACGAUGUAACGAGCUGUCCAACGCCCUAGUGCAUUGGUUAGACUGCCUGGGGCUUGAGCAAUCAGGAGAUCAACAUAUUGUCCCCUUGUGCUUCAAGAAUGCCGUGGACAUGAUCAUUUCUAUGAUUGCUGUACUAAAGGCAGGUGCAGCAUACCUACCAAUAGACCCAAGUCAUCCGCAGGGCCGCAUCCAGCAAAUCCUCGCCCUGUCGGGGGCAAGGGUGAUACUAGGCGAUGGUGAUGCGGGAACAGUGGAAAGUUUACAGGCUGUCAGCCAACAGGGGAAACAUGCACUUGCUAGUAUCGAAAGUCUUCUAACUUUGCAUGGGGGACAGACGCUGAGGAAACCCUCGUUCAGGCCUACGCCGGCAUCUCUGGCCCAAGUGAUGUUCACAUCUGGGUCGACCGGAAAGCCAAAAGGGGUGAUGAUCGAGCAUGGCAAUCUAGCGGCCUUCAUGCAAACGAAUGAACCGCUGUUAGGAACUUCGACAUCGGUGCGGCUGCAGCUGGCAACAGCCACAUUUGAUGCAGCAACAGUGGAAAUCUUUGGCACGCUAGGAUGUGGUGGGCGACUGGUCCUCGGGCAGACCCAGGAAGUACUGGCCAAUCUGCCGGACUGGCUAGAAAGAACCAAUAUAACCCACCUCGUGAUCACGCCUCGCGUGGCGGCAAGCUUCUUGACGGGUAUUGAUAUACCGUACCUCCGUAACAUUCACGUUGUCGGAGAGGCCUUUGACGCCAGCAUACUAACACACCUGCCCCCUGGCUGCGAUGUGUAUAACGGGUAUGGUCCAGCAGAGACUACAAUAUGUGCAACGUAUUAUAAAAUUUGCAAAGUAGAUGAAUGUCGUCGCAACAUCCCAAUUGGCUCUCCCUUUGGGGAGUGUCAGUUAUACAUUCUCAACCCAGAGACCUUAGAACAGGUCCCCGUCGGUGUGAUAGGAGAGAUUUGCAUAGGAGGACCUCAAGUCACAAGAGGCUACCACGGUCGGCCAGAGCUGACAUCUCGGUCUUUUGUUAGUGAUAUCCGCCUCGGUGGACGGCUAUACCGGAGUGGGGAUCUUGGGCGGUUUAUGGACGGUGGUGUGAUCGAGUACCUGGGGAGGAGAGAUAACCAAGUAAAGAUUAGAGGACAGCGAACCGAGCUUGCAGAGAUUGAGAAGGUGAUAGCAGAGCAUAAUCUGGUUGACUGUUGUGCGGUCGUGGCUGUGAACACCCCCACCGGGGAUGCCCUGGUUGGAUGGUUACCUGCUCACAUGGUACCUUCUUACCUCUUCCCGUCAGAAGGGAAGCUUCCUCUCGUCCCAAGUGGAAAAUUGGAUCGGAAACUCUUAGCUCAGAGAGCCACAGAUCUCUUGGCAGACUCCGUGCUAUCUAGCCACCAUCAUGAUACCUAUGUCGCACCUACAACGGAGAUAGAGAAGGUAAUCUGCGAGAUCUUCGAGGAGGCGCUGGACCGGCGUGUAGGUGUGUUGGACAACUUCCUCCACCUCGGUGGCCACUCAAUCCUCGCCAUUCGCGCAGUCUCCAAGAUCAAUCGUCGCCUCCAUGCAAACCUUUCCUUUAAAGAGGUGUUUGGCUUUGCCACCACACGCGAUUUAGCACGACGACUCGAGUCAACGACCACGAACCACAAGGGAUACGUUCCAAUUCCCAGGCUCCCUCAGGAUAGAACAAUAGUCAGGCAGUCAUUCGCUCAGGGCCGACUCUGGUUUCUGGAUCAAUUGCUCCCUGGGUCGGCUUGGUAUCUGAUAUCGUUUGGCCUUCGCAUACGGGGAGAGCUCCAUCUAGAUGCUUUGAAAGCCGCAUUGUCUGCAAUCGAGGAGAGGCACGAAACACUACGGACAACCUUCGAACAUCGUGAUGGGCAAAAUAUCCAAGUUGUGCAUCCAUUUGCACCUCGUGAGCUGAGGGUUGUCGAAGUUCCAGACGAAGAAAAUCUCCUUCGCACCCUAAAGAAGGAGCAGUCCACCCCAUUUGAUCUCCAAGUACACCCAGGGUGGAGACCGCUGGUUCUUCGCCAGAAUAAGAGGUCACAUAUUCUAUCGAUCGUUGUCCAUCACAUCGUUGGUGAUGGCUGGUCUUUCGGAGUACUUCUAAAAGAACUGAGUACAUUCUAUUCCGCCGCGCUCCACGGUAGGCCUAUCAAUGCUCAGCUGCCACCGCUACCUAUACAAUACCGCGACUUCUCGGCCUGGGAGAUUCAAGAGCAACAAAGAGUAGAACAUGAUCGCCAGCUGAAGUACUGGACUGAAAGGCUCACUGGGAAUAACCCGGCUAAGUUCAUCGAGGACAAGCGAAGGCCUCAAACGCCAUCUACGCAAGCAAACUUCGAGCAAGUUCGUAUCGAUGGUGUGAUUUACGACCGACUAUGCGAAUACUGUAAGCAAAAUCAACUAACGCCUUUUAUCGUCCUGUUGGCUGUUUUCAGAGCGACCCAUUAUCGCCUUACAAGGGAAGCUGAUGCGACCAUCGGUACCCCGAUUGCCAACCGGAAACGCGAAGAGCUCCAUGAGAUAAUCGGAUUGUUCGUCAACACCCAGUGCAUCCGGCUAAAGGUCGAUGAUGAUCACACCACGUUUGAGGAGCUAGUCAACCAGGUGGAGUCAGCCACUGCUGAGGCCUUUGCCCACCAAGAUAUUCCUUUCGAUCGGAUCGUGUCUGCCCUGCAACCCGACAGAGAAACAACUCAGAACCCCUUAGUCCAGACAGUGUUUGCCGUCCAUCCGCAAACAGAAGGUAAGGAGGAGUUGGAGGGGCUUGCUACAGAGCGGAUUCUUCUCUCACACCACACUCGAUUUGAUCUCGAGUUUCACCUGUUCCAGGGAGAAGAUAGCUUAAGCGGAUCAGUCAUAUAUGCCAAGGAUAUUUUCUUCCCUGAAACCGUGAGAGCAAUGGUUUCGGUGUUUUACAAGGUUCUGGAAUGUGGAUUAAACCAACCAAGCACAAGCAUUGCUUCGAUGACAUUGCUCGAUGACAACUCUCUGCAUGACAUGCACAAUCUGCUAUGUAUACGCCAGACGGACUAUCCACGGGAUGCCACUGUAGUUGAUCUAUUUCGGCAGGAGGCACGAUCGCAUCCGGACAGCAUUGCUGUCGUCCAUGAAGGCAAGGGGGAGACAUAUGAGUACCUUGAUCAGCAGUCGGAUAAGAUUGAACGGUGGCUACGCAGCCUCCAUCUCGAUCCGGAGACGAUCGUCGGGGUGCUCGCUGCGCGAUCUGCCGAGGCCAUCGCCGUCUUUUUAGGCAUCAUGAAGGCAGAUCUUGCCUACCUACCCUUGGAUGCUUCCACUCCACAGAGUCGGGUUUGCAGUGUCUUGUCAUGUAUAAGUGGAAAGAUAACAGUCAUUGUAACGGAUGCGGCUCGGGAGGCUGUUCCGAAUGCCAGUAUGGCUCACGUUGAGUUUGUUACCCUCUCCAGCAUUUUGGAUGACCAGCUACAUACUACGACAGAUGACCAGGAGUUUCAAGCUCAAUCGGCAAUAUCCGCUACUAGUUUAGCGUGUGUCCUCUUCACUUCAGGAUCGACUGGGAGGCCCAAGGGAGUCAUGACCGAGCACCGUGCAAUUGUACGACUGGUCAAAGACUCGAACUUCAGCAAAGCUGUAGGCAAACCUCUAGCUCAUAUGGCUAGUCUGUCCUUCGAUGUGUCUACCUGGGAAGUCUUUAUGCCUCUCCUUAGUGGUGGGGUGGUUGUUUGUGUGGAUGCGAUGACAGUACUGGACUAUAAGGCCCUGAGCGAUGUAUAUGCCCAUAACCAUGUGCGAGCGGCGAUGUUCACCCCUGCGCUAUUCAAACAGUGCUUGAGUGAUGCCCCUUCCAUUGUCAAGAACUUGGAUCUACUUAUUCUAGGCGGAGAUCGCCUCGAUCCUAAGGAUGUAUUCCAGGUAAAGAAACUGACGAAGGGUAUCAUCUUAAACGGGUACGGACCCACUGAGAACACAGGGGCAAGUACUGUUUACCAAAUUCCAGAUGAGGAGGCAUGCGUAAAUGGCGUGCCUAUUGGAAAGCCAAUAAGUAACUCUGGGGCAUAUGUUAUGGAUGCUUCACUCAACGUCGUUCCCAAAGGGGUCGUUGGGGAGCUUGUUGUAACAGGGGAUGGGCUAUCAAGAGGAUACACGGAUCCCGAAAAGAAUGAAGGUCGCUUUGUAGACGUGGUCAUUGGUCAGGAUACAGUCCGGGCAUAUCGUACUGGGGAUUACGCUCGAUGGAGACCGAUUGAUGGGCAGUUGGAGUACUUUGGCCGUCGAGACGACCAAGUCAAGAUCCGCGGCCAUCGGGUAGAAAUGGGGGAGAUUGAACAUACUCUCAUCGCCCAGAGCGCAGUACGCAGCGCUGCUGUGGUCAUGAACGGCAUUGAAGGGGAGGCUGACUUGGCAGCAUUUGUAACACUACAUCCGAUUCACGACGAUGAGGCGGAGACGGAGCGCGUGGAUGCAUGGAAGAAUAUAUUUGAUACGGAGAUGUAUGACAGCUUCACACAGCAACCCAACAGGCUGGGACGAGAUUUUGUUGGAUGGCUCUCUAUGUACGAUGGAUGCAAUAUUGACCUUACAGACAUGAACGACUGGCUGGACGACACCCUUCACACCUUGUUGAACGGACAAGACCCCGGAAGGGUCUUGGAAAUUGGCACAGGCUCUGGAAUGAUCCUCUUCAAUAUUACCGAAGGGCUGGAAGAGUACGUUGGCAUCGAGCUGGUGCCAAAGCUCGCUCAUAUGGUGGAGCAAGUGGCCAACUCUCACGAACGAUUGGCAGGGAGAGUGAAGGUAUAUCCAGGCGUGGCUGACCAUAUCGAGGAUUUCAUCCCUGGGUUCAUCCCCGACCUGAUCGUUUUUAAUUCCGUUGCACAAUACUUUCCAAGCGCCGGAUAUCUCUCACAGAUUAUCCAAAAGCUUCUUCGGUUGCAAGGCGUGAAGACAUUGUUCUUUGGCGACAUCCGGUCAUACGCUCUCUACGACGAGUUCCUGGUCUCGAAGGCAUUGCACAACGCCGGCGCGAAAGCAACACAGGACCAGGUCCGAAAGUGUAUAGAGGAAUCUAAAGCAGCCGAGACCGAGUUGCUUGUGGAUCCUGCAUUCUUCACUGCCUUGACCAGUCAAUUCCCGGGCCAGGUAGAGCACGUUGAGAUUCUCCCUAAGCUGAUGAAUGCCACAAACGAACUCAGCUGCUACCGCUACUCUGCCGUCGUCCACCUAAAACAUGAUGCGGUAUCGCCGCGCAUCACUCAUCAGGUUGAACAGAGCGACUGGAUUGAUUAUACAGCUCAGUCUCUCAACCCCCGAAGCUUGUUAGAGCAUCUUAGAAGUUUGCAUAACAACAACAUAAUAGCAGUGGAGAAUAUCCCAAAUCGCAGGACGAUUCUCGAAAAUUACAUAGUGGAUUUCCUCAAAGAAGGAGUUCCUCCUGGCUCUAUGGACAAUGAUAGUCACUGGCAGGUCCGUCACCGCAACCGAGCAGCACAAAGCUCAGCCAUGUUGCCAGGAGAUCUGAUCGCCAUAGCAGACAAGGCAGGAAUACGGGUAGAAGUUAGCUGGGCUCGACAAAGCUCACAGCGUGGAGCAUUCGAUGCAAUCUUUCAUCGACUGGACGCGAAUUGUGGACAACAGAGGGUAUUGUUUAAUUUCCCUGUCGAUCAUCAGUGUCGGGACGUACGCUCCUUGACAAAUCAUCCAGUCCAAGGUCAACAAGCUCAACAGUGCAUAUAUGAACUCGAGCAGUCGUUGCGAGCCCAGCUGCCAACAUACAUGAUUCCACGAACCAUUACAAUCCUCGAUGAGCUCCCACUGACAGACCGUGGCAAAGUCGACCGCCAGGCCCUUCGCCAGCGAGUCAUAGAGCAAGAACCGCUGGCUAACGAAUCGCAGUCGAGUGGAGGCAGAGCAAUGGUGGAGUGUGGCAGUGAAACGGAGCGAAUCAUUUGCGAUGUUUUUGCUCAGGUGCUAGGUUUGAAAUCGGUUGACAGGGAAAGCAGCUUCUUCAGCUUGGGGGGCCAUUCUCUGUUGGCCCCCCGCCUAGUAUCUCGACUAUCAAAACGCCUGGAUUGUGCUGUUGCUAUUAGAGACCUCUUCGACUGCCCGACGCCUGCGAGAUUGGCCACCCAGUUACUAUCGAACCAAUCGGAUGGUAGCGUGGAAGCCAACCCUACUAUUGAUGAGAAAGCAAAACAGUAUGCGUUGGACAAGGUCGAGUAUCAGAAUGUUCUUCAAGACUGGGAUGUACAGUCAGGUGAUGUCGGUCACUUAAUGCCUUGCACUCCAUUCCAAGAGGGUGUUCUGUCCAGCUCUCUAGCAGCACCAGGAGGCUCUGGGUAUCUGAGUGUCGUACGGCUAGGACUGGAGUCGCAACUUGAUGUGAAAGCAAUACGUCUCGCAUGGCAGAAAGUGGUUGAGCGCGAAGAGACACUCCGCACCGCAUUCAUUCCGGUUGCUAAGGACCUCUCCUCAGCAUGCCUCACCUCCAGCACGUUUUGCCAAUGCAUCUUCAAAGUCAACUCCCGCGAGGUUCAGCGACUUUUUUCUAUUGAGUGGCGAAAUGGCGAACUGGGCCCCUCUAUUCUAGGUUUUGGUCAUAUCCCGGUCUCGUUGGCAUUGGUAGACAUAGCAACCGUGUGCAAAGAAAGGGAGAGUGGCUCAACGCAACUUGAAUUCGCCAUACAUCACGCUUUAUAUGAUGAGGCAUAUUUCCGAUGGAUCAUUCAGGAACUUUCCCGGGAGUAUCAUAAAGCUCGACUCGAGAAGGACCACGUUCCCCAAGGGGCUGCUGACACAUCGUUCAAUAGGAUUCCCUUUAGCUUAUUUGUUUCUCAGCUGCAAACAAUGCCAAAAGAGAAUUCAACCUCAUUCUGGAAGGGUUACCUAAAAGGGGCCCCUGCAGCGUGCUGGCCGGUUGCGAGAGGAUUGGAGAGUGGGCGAGUAACAAAAAUAGACGAGUUCUCGAGCCGAUCCUUGACGUGGGAGCGAAACAUGCACGAUUUAGCUGGAGCAAGAGACGUCACUCCUGCCGCGAUAUCUAGGGCCGCAGUGGCUCUAGUCGUAGCAGAGCAUAGUGGUGUUGAAGACAUUGUUCUUGGUGAAGUGUCUAGUGGACGCUCCAUCACUGAUGCCGUUGCUGGGUUCGUAGCCGGACCUUGUAUAUCAACACACCCCAUCAGGAUACGCCUGCAACAAAGGGAAGAAUUAGGGAACAGUCGUCAGAGACUGCCAUUUGACCAGUUGGUCAAACACUCGAUGAAUUCCUAUCUGGAGACGGUGCCUUACCACCAGCUGGGUUUGCCCAGUAUCCGACGGCAGUCAGAUGCCCCGGAUCUUCUGCCGUUUCAGGUGCUGUUUGUGUACCAGCAAGCGUUUGAUUUUGAAACACACUCCCAGGCAGAAACUCCACAUAGCUUCAAGAUCCAAGGGGGGCAGCUUGGUCGGUUUGAAUUUCCUGUUGUGCUGCAAGCAUCAUGUCAUCCAAUUACAGGCCACCUGUCCCUCCAGUGCAUGUUUGAUGCAACAAUUCUUAUUCCAGAGGAUAUUGAGUGGUUCCUCCAACACAUAUCACAAGUUUUGAGCGCCGUAGCUGACAGCCCCUCUCAGCUCGAUGCCAGGCUAACUAUUGGUAACGCUGAAGAGGCAGCACUAACAAAGCUCGCCUGCAAGAGAGACCAACCCUCCGAGUUACCGCUGAGUACUGAUACCGAGCCUCUCUGCGCCCAUGAUCUGAUAUCGCGACAGGCCAUAGAGAACCCUUGCAAGAUAGCUGUGCAGUAUGAAACCUCCAAGUUCAUGACGUACAGAGAGCUCGACAGGGAGAGCACUAAGCUAUCAAUCGCGAUCCACGCAUUUUUCAAUGAUCUUUCGGGCUCAGAGUGUCAUGAACAACCAUUAAUCCCGAUUUUCUUCGACAAGGGGCUUGACAUGGUAGUGACAAUGCUGGCAGUUCUAAAAGCUGGAGCUGCUUAUAUUCCACUCGAUGUUUCUCAUUCAGAGCAACGUUUAAAAGCGAUCUGCCAAUCCGCGCAGGCCAAGCUUAUCUUAUGGGACGGUCAAAGAGGAUUGGACAAGCUGCAUGCCAUUCGGCACUCUUCAGGCGCCACCGUCUCGACCCUGAACGAACUUCAUGGCGCAGCAGACGGCUGGAGAAGCACCCCCCGAUCCGAGAGAAAGCCAACUCCAUCGUGUCUAGCUUAUAUUAUCUAUACUUCUGGCUCCACGGGCGUGCCUAAAGGAGUAAUGGUCAAUCACGCAAAUUUGGUAUCCUUCAUGAAAUCGGCAACAAGUGAGAUUUCCAUGUCCUGGACCGUGAAUAGACUUCAGAUUGCGUCAUAUACAUUCGAUAUGUCAAUCAGCGACAUCUUCCCUGUGCUCGCCGCAGGGGGGCGCAUCUCACUGGCCCGACAACAGUCCCUCUGGGGUGAUCUCGCUGGGUGGGUGGACGCCUUUGCGGUAAAUCAACUUAUGACGACACCCAUGGUAACAGAUAUGAUACUGUCCAGUGCAUCAUCCAACGGGCUUGAGUUAUCACAGUUGCGUGAUGUGAUUGUGGCAGGUGAAGCCGUGAAGACAGAUAUUCUUAAUAAAGCACCACGAGAGAUGAUAUUCUGGGUACAGUACGGUCCAACUGAAACGACUGUUGUUGUAACUGGAUGUAUGCUUCGAGGACCCACAUACAACCAACCUGUUCCCCAUUCCCAAAUUACCCCGAUUGGACUUCCUCUUCAUGGCUGUCGCAUUUACAUCCUACAGCCAGGUACGCCAAACCGAGUCCCAAUUGGAGUACCGGGCGAAUUAUGCAUCAGUGGACCACAGGUGACGAUGGGAUACCGGGGUGGCGGCGGUGCUUCUGAAAGCUCAUUUGUCCCAGACCCCUUCUGGGCCGGGCAGAUGAUGUACCGGUCUCGCGACAUUGCCAAGAUCCACGGAGAUGGGAUGAUUGAGUGGAUUGGGCGGAUGGAUUCUCAGAUCAAACUGCGAGGCCUACGUAUUGAAUUGGGCGAGAUUGAGUCCGCAACCAGGCAGCUCAAUGGUGUCCAAUCGUGCGCCGUUGUCAAGCUGGACUUGGAAGACAAGGAAACCUUGCUUGCCUUCGUCGAGGUAUCAAACUCUCAGAAAGCACACAUUACCCCCGUCACCAUCCAGCAACAUAUCGCACAAUAUGUCCCGGCCUAUAUGGUCCCUGCGCACGUUCAACUCCUCGACACACCUCUUCCCCGCACCGCCACCGAUAAGUUGGACCGAAAGGCAAUCUAUGUUUUAGCGCAAAGGUUGGUGGAUGACGGAGAUUUGCUGUGCUUCUGCAACAGCCAGGUACCACAGACCGAUCUUCGCCCAUCCCCAGGAACUCUGGAGGCAACGCUCGCGUCGUAUUGGGCUGCUGCUCUAGGUGUCGACCAGGGGGUCAUUAGUUUGGAAACACCUUUCUCUCACUUAGGGGGAGAUUCCGUGCGCGCCAUCAAUCUACUCGCAACACUACGACGUGAUAACAUCCAGCUCAGUUUGACGGAUUUGGGUUCCUUUUCGACCAUUCGAUCCCAAGCAUCCAGAAUCCUCUCUGACGUGCAACCGCAACGGCUCCCUGCCUAUAUGGAGUUGACCACGCGCAGCACCAGUCGGGCGACGAUGGUUUUGAUCCAUCCCUUCUUUGGUCAGUAUAGUGUGUUUGGCCAUGUGCUGCCGGCUCUGAGCAAGCAGUACGAUAUUGUGCAAGUCUCUGAUCCUUUCUUCGGAAAGCCCGACGGCCCUGGACAUCUGCGCGACUGGGCCGCACAUUAUUUGGAAGCGCUUCACGUCCAGCUGAAACAGGACCGACCUGUAGUUUUGGUUGGGUACUCUUUUGGCGGGGUGCUGGCAUUGGAAAUGGCUCGAUUAUUGCAGAUAACAGGGCAGGGAUCACCAUUCUCCACAAUCCUUGUUGACGCGUGUCGCUAUAACCCAAAUGAGCCGGUCUUCCAGGAUGAGGAACGGAGAAAGCUAAUUGUUGAUUAUGCUGUUCGCCUCUUUGGCUCCGACCAAAUAGGGAUGAUUGAGGAACACAUGGCAAAGCAAGCUCGCAUAUGGGAGAAUUCCACCUACCCGGACAUCUACCUCGGCCGUUCACUCUACAUAUCCACUCCGCUGAGUGUUGAGGAAGGCAAUGUAGAUUGGUGGCAGAAUCAGUGUCCGCACAUUGAGGUCCAGCAUCUGGAAUGCUUGCAUGAUGAGAUUUUCGAACCUGCGAUGGUCGGACGCGUCAGUGCCUUGAUAAAUGAGCAUUGUGACCUAGAUGUCCACACGCAAUGA